AAUCGUCACASAGGGUUAUAGUUCAGAGUKUGUAGCUGGACUWCAGGACAGGAUGGCAGUCCUCAAAAAUUGGAAAUCUGGUCUCUUUGACUGCUUUGAAGAUGUCAGUACUUGUUGCUAUGGCUUCUGGUGCUGCCCUUGCCUCGCCUGCACUGUUUCAAGAAGAUUUGGAGAGAACUACUGUUUGCCUUUAUGUGACAUUCUGACUCCUUCUGUAUGUGUAGCCUGUGGGGCUCCUCUGUUUGUCCCCCCUGCGGCAUUGUCUAUGAGGGCUUCCAUUCGUAACAAACAUGGAAUAGCAGGUUCCCUCUGCGAAGACAUACUUGCUUCCUGUUGCUGUGUCUGGUGCUCCUGGUGUCAGAUGCAUCGUGAGCUAAAGGAGCACACUCCUGUUGUUGUUGUUAUGCAGCAGCCCCAGAYGCUGCAGCCCCCAACUGUGAUCAAUGUGCAGGCUAAUCCUGUAAUGACUGUUAAUCAAAACUCUGCUCCACUUCCUGGUGGUUUUUAA